GCUGGUUUUGGUAUGGAAGAACAGAAGUUACUGCAAGACAGUAACUAGGCGGGAAAUUCAAGUGCAGGGUGGCUGGCAAGCACCUCGCAAAUCACCUCAGAGCCACAGCAAUGUCUAGAGGGACAAAGCCCGAUGUGACUGAGAACUGCCCAGUCUUGCGCCCACCGCAGCAGGGGAGACAGCAGGGCUGUCGAAGGACCCAGGCACGACAGGAAGACUCUGACGAGGAAGGGCACAAGCGCCGGGCCAAGAAAAACGCAGGGGACCCCGAUAUUGUGAAGUCCCCCAGCGACCACAAAGAAUACAGGUACAUAAAAUUAAGCAAUGGCCUGAACGCUCUGCUGAUUUCUGACUUAUAUAUGGAUGACUGCAAUUCUUCUGAGGCAUCAGAAGAGGAAGACAUGUCCUCUGAUACGGACGAUGGGAAAGACAGCAGCUUUGAGGACGAGAAGGAUGGGAAUGUGGAAGAAUUUGGAGAAGUACCUGGAGGAAGAGAGGCCUCUAUUGAAGGUUAUGCUGGAGUUCUAAGUGGUCUUGGUAGAAAAAGUAAACAAAAAGAGCGUCGUGGAAGCAGAAUCAAAGACGAGAACGAUGACUAUGAAAUUUAUGAACAGCUAGUCAAGAAAGAAGAGGAAAAUAAGAUGGACAGCACAGAAAAGCAGUCUGCAGCUGCCCUUGCUGUUGGUGUUGGCAGUUUCUGUGACCCUGAUGAUUUACCUGGACUAGCUCAUUUUUUGGAGCACAUGGUGUUUAUGGGUAGCCAGAAAUACCCAGAUGAGAAUGGGUUCGAUACAUUCUUAAAGAAGCACGGAGGCUCAGACAAUGCUUCGACAGACACAGAGCGAACAGUCUUCCAUUUUGAUAUCCAGAAAAAAUAUUUUAGGGAAGCCCUCGACAGAUGGGCACAAUUUUUCAUCCAGCCACUGAUGAUUAAGGAUGCAAUUGCGGAAGUUGAAGCUGUAGAUAGUGAAUAUCAAAUAGCCAGGCCCUCUGAUGCUAACAGAAGAGAAUUGCUCCUUGGAAGCCUUGCAAAACAAGGACAUCCUAUGAGAAAAUUCUUUUGGGGUAAUGCGGAGACACUUAAACAUUCGCCGAAAAAGAACAGAAUUAACACCUAUCAGAGGCUUAGGGAUUUCAGGACGCGUCACUACUCAGCCCACUAUAUGAAUCUAGUUGUCCAAUCUAGAGAAACUCUGGACACUUUGGAGAAAUGGGUGACGGAAAUCUUCUCACAGAUCCCAAAUAAUGGAUUACCCAAACCAACUUUUGGUCAUCUGCCACAGCCGUUUGACACACCUGCAUUUUACAAGCUUUACAAAGUUGUUCCAGUGAAAGAAAUACAUUCUCUGAGCAUCUCUUGGAGUCUUCCCCCACAAGAAAAGAAUUAUCGGACUAAGCCUCUUCAUUACCUCUCCUGGCUGGUGGGACAUGAAGGCAAUGGCAGUGUGCUCUCGCUUCUGAGGAAAAAAUUUUGGGCUCUUGCAUUAUUUGGAGGAAAUGGUGAGACAGGAUUUGAACAAAACUCUACUUACUCCAUCUUCAGCAUCUCUGUGACUUUGACUGAUGAAGGUUUUGAACAUUUUUAUGAGGUUAUUCAUAUUAUAUUCCAGUACUUGAAGAUGUUGAGAAAGCAUGGACCUGUAGAAAGAAUAUGGAAAGACAUCCAGAAGAUUGAAGGCAAUGAAUUUUGCUUUCAGGAACAGGUUGAUCCACUUGAAUUUGUAGAAAAUAUUUCUGAAUAUAUGCACAUAUUUCGAAAGGAGGACUUUCUGAUAGGAGACCAGCUACUGAUUGAAUAUAAUGCUGAAGUCAUUGCUGAUGCCCUUAACCAUCUCAUCCCUCAAAAGGCAAACUUCGUUUUCUUUUCUCCUUACCAUGAGGGAAAAUGUCCCUUGAAGGAGAAAUGGUUUGGGACACAAUACAGCGCAACAGAAAUCGAUGCAUACUGGAGCACAUUGUGGGACACGGAUUUCAUGCUGCAUCCAGAUUUACACCUACCGGAAGAAAAUCAAUUUAUAGCUACAGAUUUCACUGUGAAGAAAUCAACUGAGCACAAAACAGAAUAUCCACACAAAAUAUUGGAUACCAAACAAGGUUGUCUGUGGUACAAGAAAGACAAUAAAUUUAGUGUCCCGAAAGCAUUUAUCUGUUUUUAUCUGGUGACUCCAGUGAUACAACAGUCUGCAUUAAAUAUGGUGCUUUUUGAUACUUUUGUAAGCACACUUUCCCACAACCUUGCUGAGUCAGCGUAUCAAGCAGAUGUUGCUCAGAUGGAAUACAAAAUCAUAGCCAAAGAACAUGGUCUGGUCAUUCGAGUGAAAGGCUUUAACCAUAAACUACCUUUGCUCUUUCAACUGAUCAUUGAUCACUUGUCUAACCUCAGUGUCUCGCCUUCAGCUUUCCAGAUGAUAAUUGAACAGCUAAAAAAGACAUAUUUUAACAAUCUCCUCAAAACAGAUUCGCUGGCAAAAGAUCUCCGACUCUCGAUUCUGGAGCAUGGCAGGUGGUCUUUAGUAGAAAAAUAUCAAACUAUUAGUAGUGGCGUUACCAUAGAAGAUCUACAAGCAUUUGUGACAGCUUUCAAAUCAAAACUGUGGGUAGAGGGACUUGUCCAAGGAAACUUUCUGAGCAAUGAAGCAAAGGACUUUAUGAAUUAUAUUGCUGGAAAAUUACAGUUUGUUCCUCUCAUACACCCAUGCCCUAUUCAGUUCCGGGUGAUAGAACUGCCAAACACUCACAUUCUGUGUAAAGUGAAAUCCCUUCAUGCAGGCGAUCCAAACUCUGAUGUGACUGUCUACUACCAGACGGGUGCAAAGAAUUUAAAAGAAUACUCCCUCACAGAACUGCUUGUGAUGCAUAUGGAGGAGCCAUGCUUUGACUUCUUGCGAACAAAGAAUACCCUGGGCUACCAUGUCUACCCUUCCACAAGAAAUACAUCUGGGAUCCUGGGUUUCUCUGUUACCGUAACAACACAGGCAACCAAAUAUAACACUGAAUUUGUUGAUAAAAAAAUAGAAGAGUUCUUUGUGCACUUUGAAGAAAAACUCCGGAAAUUAACUGAAGACGAAUUCUCUGCUCAGGUCUCAGCUCUCAUAAAGCUUAAGCAAACUGACGAUGCCCAUCUUGGGGAAGAGGUGGACAGGAACUGGAACGAAGUGCUUACUCAGCAGUACGUGUUUGACAGACUUGCCCGAGAGAUUGUAGCCCUGAAGAGCUUUAGAAAAUCCCAUUUGCUUGACUGGUUCCUAGGAUUCAGGGGCAAGAACAAACGAGUGCUGAGCACCCACGUGGUUGGCUAUGGCAAACAGGAAGGGAACACGGAUUUCUCACGCACCUACAGCGUUCAGGGGACUUUCUUUGGCAAAACAGCUGAACUAACAUUCCUCCCCUCCUCUCCCCUGCUGAAUCUCCCUUCUGUUAUGGACAUACGGGCCUUCACCUCAACGCUUAACGUUCUUCCUUACCACAAGAUACUAAAAUAA